CGCCUCCUAGUGAGAGAGGCAAAACAGGGGAAGAAUGAGCUCAUCUGCUGUAGAUGCUGGUGCUGCAAAUGUGGGUGCAGCUAAACCGGCGCCUCGCAGCUGCUGGCAACGCUUCCUCAAAGGGCGGGAACUGCAUGUGAGCGGCGUCCGGGACACCAAGAGCCUUACCGAGGUGAGCAGGGGAGGGGCUCACAACACACACACCGCUGCAUGAAGCACGAUCAUUCAUCUGCGUGUCUGUUUUCUGCUGCUGCAGGAUUUGGCCUCGUUCCUCCGGUCCCAUGGGGUGACAUCUGUGGUGAUGAACGACAGCGGCUUGGCCCCUCUGACAUUCAUUCUGCGUCAGCUUGCCGGGUGUGAGGGCUGUGUUGAGAAGCUGAGCAUCGACUGCUGGGGCGUGGCGUGGACCCCCACCCUGCAGGUGGCCUUCAAGGAGGCCUGUGACAGCAACCCGCACCUGACCACACUCACUGUGCGGCUGCGGCUCAAAGGCCUGGAGAUGGUGGAGAUGCUCAUGUGUGUGCCGGAAAAGGUCGAGGUGCUCGAUAUUGGCGACAACAUGUGAGGGGCCAAAAGGCGGCGCCACACAGCAUGGUGGUCGAGGGUUCGUGGAUUUCUGUGUGCGUGUGAGUGGUUGCAGGAUGGACAAGUCGGUGAUCCCCUUGCUGGUGGGGAUGAUAGGCCGGUGCCACCUGCAGACCCUGCUGAUGGACAAGUGCGGCGUGGGCAACAACAUCGACUGGCUCAAUACGUUCUACCAGCAGCUUAUCGAACUGCCACACAUCGCUCUGGAGUGCCUAGAAGGUGCGUCUGUGCGUCCAUGCCAUUAAGGAGAGGGUGGACCUUCUCUCGUGUCCUACGUGUGUGUGUGUGUGUGUGUGUGUGUGUGUAGGUCUGGAUCUCUCUCUUGUGGCUGACCUUCCGAUACCCGUCCGCAAGGCGCUCAAGAACCCCUCACGCGACAAAGGUGAGAUGGCAGACGGCAAAUGGAUGCCGUCGUCAUAUUGCCUUUUCCUCCAUCCAUUGCUUGGUGCAGUUCGGCUGCCUGGUGCGGGUCGGACUGACCGUUCUCGUGCCAUGUCGAUGUGGCCCAACGGCCCCUUCAUCGACUACAUCCGCAACAGGGCCUUCUCUGACAUCGUCAAAGGUAGGGCACCCUGCACCAUCCAUCCACCCACACCCACUCAUGCCGCUGAUGCUGGUCUCGUGUAUUUGUGUGGCGCUCAGGCCAGUCUGCACGCGUGUGGUGGCCGCCGACUGAAGAUGAAGUGAGAUGACAACACGCCACGAUAAAUCCAUCCACCCACACACGGAGCCGCUGCAUUUGUCUUUCUCCUGUCGGCCCUCUUGCGUGUGUCCGUGUAGGCCAAGACUGAUUUUUCUGGUCGCUACUGGCCGGCCAAGGUGCUGCGAUGCAACCCGGUGGACCUAGUCUUCACUGUGCAGGUCAGUCAGAACCAUGACACAUCAAACAACACAGCCACCGCCACACAUACAAGUGCAGCUCUCUCUCUCUCUGUGUGUGUAUGUGUGUUGUCAUGAUGUGCGCAGUAUGACAACAGUGAGGUCGAGAACGUGACGGCCCGGGACAUCCAGCCGCCCAGCCCCUACCACUACGGCUGCCACACGCCACCGGCGUCACGCAUCCCCUUCCCAUACGCCUCAGCCGAGCCAACACCCACACCCACGCCAGGCCCACGUCGCCCUAGCCCCGCCCCCGCCCCCAGCACCCCACGCGACGGGCAGUCGUGCUCGGCCGUAUGUGGUGCGAAGGCAGAGGCCAUACCCAUGACGGAUGGCGAGAAAUCGGCGGCGGCAGAUGACGUUGAGAUGACCCCUGCCGAUGCGGGCCCUGCCAACAAGAGAAAGGGCAAUGAGGAGCUGCCCCCCCCAAAGGCGGCCAAGAAGCUGGCGAGGGAGGGGAGUGACUGCCCUGGGGCAGACGCGGAGAAGAGCCCCUCAGCAGCGGCCCCAGGCCCCAGUGAGACCGACACGGCCACACAAGACAGAGACACGCCCACUGCCGGCAAGGGCAGCCGCAGGAUCAAGAGAAAGGCUCAGGGGAAAUCCAAAAAGGGCAAACGAGACUCCCAGGCAGCCGACGGAACACCUGUGAGCGCGAGUGUGAGCCCUUCCGCUGCAGCUGCCGCCGGUGGUUGUGGUGGUGGUGGCUCUCCUGCUGCUGGUGCUGUUGCUAGGGGUGACAUCUAUGUGACUGACCGGGAGAUCUAUGGCGAUGGCGGUGCUGUGGAUGCGGUGGCGGUGCCGGCUGAGCUGGAGGGGUGCGUGCUGGCUAUUGGGGAGUUCUGCGAGUUCAGAGACCCCGAGGAGUCCAGCGACCCUUCGGACUACUUCGGUGAGUAAACCACCAAUGGGGAGCUGACCGUGUUAGUGCGCUCCGUGUGUAUCUGUGUGUGUGCACAGGAUAUGUGGUGGGUAUUCAGCGUCACGAGCCCAUGUACACCGUCCGCUAUGUCUACUACGACGACCAUGACGUGACCAAUCCAUCGCACCUCAUUCACCGUAUGCGUAUGACAUUUAUGAUGUGAUGGAUGACGCUCCCAGGUGGUCCCCGUCUCGUCGAAGGACAUCCGCAGAGCCGCCAUCAUCCCUUAUGUGCAGUGGCGGGACGCUCACCUCGACAUAGUCUUCGCAAAGAAGCGCGGCGACCACCUCCUCGACAAUGAGGCCUCAUCGUCGCCAGCUGCUGCGGCUGCUGCGGCGGCGCGCCAGUCGACGAAUGAUCCAGCACCAGAGAUGCCAAUGUUCCUUCUGCGGCCUGUGGCCCGGCGUGUGUGCCGCGAGAGCUCUGCGCGCUACGUGCCGCCCAGUGUGCUGGACUUCAAGCACCUCUCGGCCGAGUGAGGGAGGGACGGGGAGGGAGAAGGGAGAAGGGGCGGCGGGGGAAAUGCUCUCUGUGUAACGAUGCCAUCCAUAUUGAGGUGUCUGUCUGUCUGUGUGGGUAUCAAUCAGGGUGUUUGGUCAGUGGCUGUAUCGGCAGAGUCUCCACGAGCAUCCGAGGCUCACCGACACCGCACGUAGGACAGACAGAGCGGACGAACGGCAAAAACUUCUCUCUCUCUUUUCUGUCUGUCCCUCAAACAGACAGGGCCCGUCUGCAUCAGAAGAGCAAAGAUGAGCUGGUGGACGAGGUCGAGCGCCUGCAGAGCCAAGUCGCCAUUCUCUCACAGAAGGUACCUACCUGACCUGGCUGGCUGAUGACAGAUACCACACACCACACACCACACACACCACACACACCACACACACUCAGCAAACAAACAGGGGAGGGAGGAGAGUGCCGUGUCCGUCUCUCUGGGUGCUUGGCUUGUGUGGUGUGCUACAAGAACCACAAGCGCGUGGCGACAGACACGGAGGUGUCGAAGCUGCGUCGGCAAGUGGAGGAGUACCACAGCCAGAUACAGACACUGCAGUCGGACCUCCGCUGCAUGAUCUGCUGCGAACGGCGCUUCCACUGCGUCCUCAAGCCCUGCUUGCACUUCCAGUUCUGCUCGCAGUAAGUACGCAGCCAGGGGACAGCCACAGCCACUUCACAUGCACCAUGGGGGCAGAGAGUGUGUCUCUGUGUGUUUGUGUGGAUGCGUCAAUCAGGUGUGCGCAGCAGACCAAGAAGUGUCCGUUGUGUCGCGGGACCAUCACGGGGGUCAUCACGCUGAAGCUGCCCGACGAGGACGCCUGUGACAAGUCCCCAGAUGCAGCUGCAGCAGGGGAGGGCAGGGGACAUCAUCAUGACGACUGAGAGAGUUGCUGAGAGACUGAUGGAUCGAUGGAUGGUAUCUGACGGUUGAAAGCCUUGUUCACUCAAUGCG